AUGCCGGGAUCCGAGUCCAAUCUGGACGAUGCCCUGGUCUGGAUCGACUGCGAGAUGACCGGCUUGAACCCCGAUACCGAGGAGAUUAUUGAAAUCUACUGCAUUCUCACUACGGCAAGCCUCGACAUCAUCGACGCCGAGGGCUACCAUGCCGUCGUCCACUGGCCGGCCUCUCGUCUGGACCAGAUGGACGAGUGGUGCACCAACACCCACGGCAAAUCAGGCCUGACGGCCGCCGUGAUAGCUUCAGAGACGACUCCGCAGCAGGCCGCCGACGGUCUCUACCGCUACAUCACAACGUUCCUCCCCAAGCCUCGCACCGCGCUGCUGGCCGGCAACAGCGUGCACGCCGACAGGGCCUUUCUGCGAAAAGGUCCGUACGGCAAAGUGAUGGAGCACCUGCACUACCGCAUCCUGGACGUUAGUGCCAUCAAGGAGGCUGCUCGGCGGUGGAGCCCGCCACAGGUUCUCUCGCGGGCGCCGGCCAAGAAGGGGAGCCACAAGGCCAGGGACGACAUCUUGGAGAGCAUUGAGGAGGCGAGAUAUUACAGGGAGGCUAUAUUUGCCCGCCGGUGA